AAUUUCCCCCAGGCAACAGCUGAGGACCUAGGUAUCCCCUGUAAACACAAGAUUGAUCCAAUUGACAAGUAGCGCAACUCAGCUCCUCUAACUGCUUAACGCCGUUUUACCCUCGUGUAAAAUGGUUGAGACGGAGGCCUAUCAAGGGGACCAGGGGAUGGCAGUGCGCAAGCCAUCCCCUGCUGCAGCUGACCUGGUUUCCACCCUCAAGAAGGCCCUCUUCAUCAUAGGCUCAACCACUAUUGUCUUUGUUGCCCUGAGGAACAGUCUCACAUAUCAUCUGCAGCACUUCUGGGGAGCUUCUGGUAACUUCUGGCAACACCAAUGGGACAAAAUCCUUCAGACUUUUGGAGAUGAUCCUUACUUCCUCAUGGUUUAUGGGUCAACAAUUGUGUCCUACUUUGUCUAUUGGAGCAUCGGCAUCCUGUACACCCUAAUGGACACGACAAGCAAGCCAGCCUUCCUCCGUCGAUACAAAGUGCAACCUGGAACAAAUGAACCAGUCGAACCUUGGAAGCUUGUAAAGUGUAUCCUUUGGGUACACUUCAACCAGAUCUUCGUGGGUAUUCCAUUUUCCAUUGCCAGCUAUUACUUACUUGCUCUGCGAGGCUACGACCAGUCCCCACAGCUGCCCACUUUCCACUGGGUACUCUUCGAGCUUAUUAUUUGUAUUUUGCUUGAAGAAGUUGGAUUUUACUACUCACAUAGGCUGUUCCACCACCGGCUGCUCUACAAGCACUUCCACAAGAUGCACCACGAGUGGCAAAGCCCCAUUGCCAUCACAGCUAUCUAUGCCCACCCACUGGAGCACAUCUGUUCCAACCUCUCGCCGGUAUUCCUUGGCCCGCUGGUCCUUGGCUCACACGUUGCUACCGUCUGGCUCUGGGUCAGCCUCACCAUCCUCAGCACCCUUAAUGCCCAUAGUGGAUAUCAUCUGCCAUUCUUCCCAUCACCUGAGGCUCAUGACUUCCAUCACCUGAAGUUCAAUCAGUGCUAUGGUGUAUUAGGGGUGCUUGACCUCCUCCACGGCACAGAUGACAAGUUCCGUGCCUCGAAAUGCUUCUCCCGCCACCUGAUGAUGCUGUCUCUUGUUCCUCCUCGUGAGGCAUAUCCUGAUGAUGAGCCUAAGGGCAAGACAGUCAAAGGGAAACAGUGUUAGUCAUGCAAGCUGCGCUCUAGGAGGUGACAGUCAGACUUAGCAGGAUAUUGGAAAAGAAGCAAGGAAAUGAUAAAAAAGAUGAAAGUAUUGUUGUCUUACCAUUCCUUCAUAUAUAAGCUCAAGUAUGAAAUGUGUCACUGCUACAGCUGCACUAAGAGCAACCACAUAGUGGGGGAUUAAAAAAAUGAUGCUAUAGAGGUUGUAAUAACAGACUUAUUCCUGGAAUGGAAUUCUCUAAUUAACAACUAUUAUCACAUGAAAGUAAAUAACAAAAUACUUAGCUGACGUAAAUACAAUGCCUAACAAGUUAAUUUCUUUACAUAAAAAAAUAUAAGGAAAAACAUACAGGGAAAAAAUCUUACAUCAUAAUCACAUCUAAAGCAAUUAUAUUACAAAAUAUAUCAUAUGUAUAUAUCAUUGUACAUGAUUCAUAAUUAACAAAAUAGUUAAACUAUGGGCCAUCACACUUCUAAAGACAGGCUGGUAAUAUUACACAAGACAACCUUAUAUCAUCACUCUAAAAUUAAUUUGAAGUUUAACUUGUAUGACAGGAGACUGCAAACAAUUAUCAUAUGUCUAAGCAGUCACAGGUUCUGUGUUGUAACAAAAUUGCUUAUGAAGAGCACUUCUCCCCUAUGGUUCUUGUCUGCUGCUUACCAUCUGUCCAUCUUGUGUGGACUUCAGCUUCCUAUAAGAAGAUAAUAAAUAACAAAAAAAUCUGCCAGGAAUGCACUCUCUUUCUUUUGCAUUAAUAAUUUCUAAACUUUCAUGGUACUUCAUCACAAAAAUUUAAUAAUUCUAAAGAUGCAUCUACAAAAUAUUUGGAGAUCUUAUCAGUAGUCACUUAAUUGGAUGUUGCUGUUAGUUAACUUUUAACUUCAUGACAGAGAAUAUUAUGCGUAUGUGG